AUGUCAUCGCGUGGCAACAUCAGCAAAGACGCAAGCCCUUAUGUCUGUCUCUCGGCCCACUGUGAUUUACUCCACUUUGUCGGUCCGGUGCCUCAUCCGUACGGUGGGCCCACGCCGCAGACAAUUGCGGAACGCGCCGCGCAAUAUGCCCGUUUUUCUUGUGACUCCUGUGAGACGGCACCGACGGUGACGGUGCAAUGCGAACACCCGCUCUUUCCGCCCCUUCCAGUCACGAGGACCGUCGACGGGGCGGCAUCGUUCCCGCUGAACGGCAUUGAACUGGCACGAUGGGCGUACCGCGAGAGCUUCGACACCGCUGCGGCGCAACCGCAACUGGACCCAGGCGAGAAGAAACACGGCGGCUCUCUUCCGCCCUCGCAGGGUGACUCCGGCAGAAUAAUGCGUGGACCCAUGCUCUCACAGCCACCACCCGCAGCACCGCCCGAGGAAGCUGCAUCCGCUGCGGUAUCUGGAAAUAUUCUUUACACCGUGAACUUUCACGCGCUGCGGCGCACUCUCCUGCAGGCACUAUUUAUUUUGCGUCUCCCAAAGCGAAGCCCCGCAGCCUCCUUCACAUUGUAUAUGCAUGACCCGAGCCCUUCGGGGAUCACAAGUUUCUUUGUCCUCCCUCGAUGCGCGGAACAGGUGACGGUGCUGGCACACCCUGCGAGGGUGAGUCUCAGCGUUGCGAGAAGCACCGACGGUGAUACCCUCCACUGCUCGUGUCAAUGCCACCCUGGGAAGGAUGCGGCAGAGAAGACGGGCCUCUACUCACCACUAGUCUGGGAAUUAAACGAGUGGGGUAAAGGAAAAUAUGACUCCCCCGAGCCUGUGGAGUUGGAUCAUUUUCUCACUGCGACAAUGAUUCCCGCGUUGUUUGCGCUUCCUGAGCAUCUCUCCCGACUCACAGAAAGUGAAGCCGCUCAGCUGUCGCAGGCUGUUGGUUGGACUCAGAGACGCUCAUUUCACCUUUUGGCACUCAUUGCACACUGCGUGUGGUGCGAAAAAGUAGUCCUGUACAUCAUGAGCCGUAGCAGUGAGUCAACAGCUUCGUGUGGACGCUGGAAAUCGCGUCUGAUGUCACGGGACAGCGCCUCGUUGGACUCCACUGACAAGUGGGAGUCAACGCUGUUGCUUUACCCCACAGCGUUUCAUGAUGGGCGCCUUCAUUCGCACGGCACGGGACGGCGCUUAGAGGUCGCUGACUCCUCCGCCAGCUCGUGCGCCGCGUUGCUUCGGGUAAGACUCAGGGGGUGCGAUGAGCAGAUAAACUGGGAAUGGGGUGGUGAGGCGCCUCACGCAUCCUCCGGAAGUUUGAGUGACCUCGCAGAGCUACAUGCGAGGAAGAGGUAA